AUGGUCGAUCGCUUCCUCCGUCGGUUCAACUCACCACCACGGGUAUUUUCACACUCCAACCUCAUCAACACGCAGCCUUUCCGCAUCCAACGUGACUUCUCUUCUCCACUUCGUCGCUGCCAAUCUUCUCGCGCUCGAGCCACAGCUCCUACCCAGCUUAUUCACAUCGAUCGUGUACAUUCCCGUGCAGCAAUCCAUUCUCGUGUGGUUCAAAGUCCACGUCCCUCCACACUCUCAUCCAUAGCAGAAAAUCCCCAAGGAAAGUCAGGCGCUCGCCGCUUGGAGAGAGAGUCUCACUCCCGUAGAUUUCUGAAUCGAUUUUGAAUGUGACGUGCAGGCCGUCGAACUCGAGGAAACCGCGGUGAAGCUCCUCGCUCUGAAUGAAACGCCUCUGGAAACGUUCAUGAAAUCGAUCGAGCAUGAAUGGAUCGGGACUCGACAGCAGCAAAUCCUGAGCGAUUGUCGCCAAUGUCUUGAACAAUGCUCACAAGAGGGUGUUCUGUAUGAUCCCUCGCGUGAGGACGAUGGUGUGUUCGACGUGUUGAAUCGGUUCGGAACGGUCCAGAAAGACAUUGAAGAGUCGAUCGAAAAGCUGCUUUGUUUUCCUCCCUGCAAAAUCUCUCCUUCCUAUCACACGUUGGUUCUUCGAAUGCAUUCUGCCGUGAAAGAAGCGAUCCAACUGAAAGAGUGGGGCGAUUUCGAACGUUGUGCGAUGGAUAGUGAGCACGAGAUUGAAGAGUUCUUGGGAGUGAUUCGCCAGAUUUUGAUGUUAGUUUUGAUUUGUGU